CGAGUGCAGCAACUGUAAAGAAGCAGCAAUUGCUUGAAAUGACUCUGGACGCAAGUUAGAUUUGAAGCGAAUCGGGGUGUUGGUGCAGAUAUACAAUACAUUCUGACUCGUAAUUUGUGGUGCAUUUUGGAAAGCGAUUGAUGUGCUUUGACUUUCAGCAAGAAAAACUAAAAGAAAAAAAAAAUCUUUAUACUACGCACAGAGGAGUCCUUGGCAAUUUAAACCUCGGAAGUCAUGUGUGCUUAAUCGAAAAUCACAAUGGACUGCACACUUUCAAUGCGCUUUUCUGUAAAUACCUAAUAAUGCUUUCGCUAUGUUUUCUCAAACAUUGCACCUGUUACAUUUUGAACUGCUGUAUUUCAUUCAUUUUUUUUCAGUAAUAGAGCAGACAAAGAAUACCUUUUUUUCUGGGAUUGAUGUGCACCAUUUCAGCUAAAAUCCCUAUAAUGUGGAAAAGUAUCGUUUAUAGUGCCGCAUAUAAAUCUAGCAAUUUACUACUGCAAUACUUCAAAAUACACUGACAGAAGACACAUUAAAACGUAUAAUCUACUAAAUACUGCAACUUGUUUCAAUCUCAUCUGACAUUAAAGACAUUUCAUAAAAUGCAAACUGUUGUCCAAAAAUAAAACUAACAACUGCUGGAAUACAAACAGAAAACAAACAACGCGGAAAUGCAUGAACGAGUUUCACUCUAAAUAGAGCUUAUUAAACUGCACAGUCAUUUUUGAUAGAAGAUACUACAAAAUUACUGGACCCCCGUGUGGUUGCAGAGUCUUAAUAUGUCUACAGUGGAAAUGGGACCAAUGGACUUGGAUAGGCAAGUGAACCUGACAGUGGAGGAUGACUAUAGAUCAUUAAUAGACUCUAGUAUACCUGUAUGCUGCACAAACUCUACAACUCCAUCCUUUGACCACCUCCCACCAGAUCUGGAAGACAGCACAAAGCUGAUUGGCGUGCAAAUCGUACUUAUAGCAGCUUACUGUACCAUUAUUCUUCUAGGGGUUAUUGGCAACUCCUUGGUCAUCUAUGUUGUAUUUAAGUUUAAAACACUGCGCACUGUUACAAAUUUUUUCAUUGCAAACCUUGCUGUGGCAGAUUUAUUGGUAAAUACUUUGUGCCUGCCAUUUACAUUGAUCUACACCCUUGUAGGCGAGUGGAAAUUUGGACAAGUGUUGUGCUUUAUGGUCCCAUAUGCUCAAGGUUUAGCAGUGCACGUAUCCACGGUAACCCUAACUGUCAUUGCUCUAGACAGACAUAGAUGCAUAGUCUAUCACUUUGAGACCAAGAUGUCCAAGGAGACUUGCUUUAUUGUCAUUGGUAUUACAUGGAUGAUCAGUGCAGUACUAGCAAGCCCACUGGCCAUCUUUAGAGAGUAUGGUACAUUCCACAUAUCCCCUGAUAAAUCUAUUCAGUUUUGUACUGAGAAAUGGUCUGAUAACAACCGAGAUGGCACUGUAUACAGUAUCUCAAUGCUGCUGCUGCAAUAUGUGUUGCCACUGUCAAUCAUUUCCUUUGCAUACAUCCGAAUCUGGAGUAAACUGAAGAACCAUGUAAGUCCAGGCGAAGGGAAUGUUCGACACCACAGAAGAAGGAAAACCACAAAAAUGUUGGUUACCGUUGUGGUAGUGUUUGCCGUGAGCUGGUUGCCAUUUCAUGCUUUUCAGCUAGGAAUUGAUAUUGAUAACAAUGUCUUAGAUAUGAAAAAUUUUAAAUUAAUGUAUACCAUAUUUCAUGUAAUAGCUAUGUGCUCUACCUUUGCCAACCCAUUCCUUUAUGGGUGGAUGAAUAAUAACUACAGAAAUGCUUUCAUAACUGUGUUUAAAUGCGAGCAGAGGGUUGAUUCUAUCCACCUGGAGGGCCAAGUGGAGUUCAGUACAAAAAAAAAGACCUUGGAAGCAGAAGAUAUAGCCAGUGCGAAUGGUCACUCAACCAAACGACAUCCCACCAAUGUUUGAAGUUGAUAAGAAGACCACAUAAAGUCAUUGUAGAUAUACACUCCUGAAUGUAAUACUUACAUGUUUGUGUUGUUUAAGGGUCAUACAGGUUUUAUUUGAAUGUCUUCACUAUUUCUCUGGUCUUAUCAAUGCCGGUAACACACACAGGGCCCUAUUUAGCAAUGUUCGCAAACCCCUAAGGUAAUCUCAAAACACCUUUGCGGACAGUUAGCGCACCGAAAUCAGGCGCGCGUGUGGGCAAACAGACUUUGCCCACAUGUGUGACUUAGCAACCGUGUUUCAGUGCCCACCCGGCAAGUCAGCGUUAGCGCUGGACAUGGGCUGAACUUUAGGGGAGUAUCUCAUUUACAUACAAAUGUAGCGAUUUAGCAAACCAAAAACAGUGUUAGCAUUUGCGUUUCAGUUGACGUAAAAACCAGGUCUAAACUGUGCACAAAUUACAUGGUCGACUAUAAAUACCGCUGAAACUACCAGGGUAGCAGGUAAAGAAAAGAGAGAGAAUAAAAUAGCAAUAGAGUCCGCACUGAAUUUCUAUGUUGGCAGACAUCUGUCUUUUCUUUAUUUUUUCUUUUUUUUUUUAUUUAGUCAUCGCCAAUUUUUUACCCUGGUUUUCUCCCCAAUUUAGUAUGCCCAAUUAUUAUCUGUAUCCUCGGCUCACCGCUCACAAACCCCCUGCCGACUCGGGAAACGGCGGCUGGAACACUCGUCCUCUGAAACGUGCUCUUGCCAAGCCGUCAUUUUUCGCACUGCAGAUCCACAGCGAUGCCACCAGACCUAUAGUGCCGAAGGACAACACAUAGAUCCGGCGGCUCCACUGCAGAACCACAGGCGCCCUAUCGGCCACAGGGGUCGCUGAUGCGCGGUGAGCCGUGGAUUCCCCUGCCGACCUCCCUACCCGGGCAGCGCUCAGCCAAUUGUUCACCGCCCCCUAGGAACUCACGGUCACGGUCGGCUGUGACAUUCGAACUUGCGAUCUCCAGGCUAUAGGACACAUCCUGCACUCUGCGCGGAGCGCCUUUACUUGAUGCGCCACUCGGGAGCCCCAUCUGUCUUUUCUAAGCCUGUCUGGCACAAAAUGCAGCAAUUUUGCCCCAACAGACAGACAAUCACUGGCAUCUGCCAACUGCUUCAGGCUGACCUGGAAGGAGACAUGCGGAGAGCACACUGUUUACACUCUGUAGCACUUAGAGUACCCGCUGCACUAACAUUUUAUGCCACUGGCUCAUUCCAACAUACUGUGGGUUACUGUAAACAAUAAAUAUUUGCGAAUCACACACAUAAAACCUAUUUUGCUCCAGAAAUGUUGGUAACCUGUUGCAAUACAUAAAGUAUGUAUUGUUAGUGGAAUUAGAUUUCGUGCCAAACAUGUUAUUAUUUUAUUUAUUUAUUUUUCAUUCACGAAAAACGCAUAAUGAAAGGCAUGCAAAUAUUUAUGGCUUUACAGUAUACUGCAGACAUAAGCCAGUUGGCUUUAUCAUGUGCAGUGUGAGGUGUAUCUGCAGCUUUAGUAAAGCGGGCAGGAGAAUUAAUCCAUUUCCCUGUCUCACACGAGCUGCAACAAAAUACAAAGCAGGGUUUUCUUGAGAGGUAUGGGUUUCCUGGUGUCCUGGGAGCCAUCGAUUGCACACGUGCAGCUAUGCACACCAACACAGAAUAGGCACCUCUACAUAGAUCAUAAGGGAACCUAUUUUGUCAACGGGCAAGAACUGUGUGAUGCCAACAACUACCUUGCAAAUGUGUAUGCAAACUAUCCUGGCUCCGUUCAUGACUCGUUUAUCCUCGCUAAUUUGCAGGUGGAAGCUGUGUUUCAGCAGGAAGACUCAGUCUGAGAUGCUGGUUGAUAGGGGACAACGGGUAUCCACUGAAGUGGUGGCAACUGACACUGCUACUCAACCCCAUUACCCCUGCCAAACAGAGGUAUAACCAUACCUUUAAAUGUGCUUGUACUGUGAUUGAGCUAAUAUUUGGAAUCCUCAAAAUGCGAUUCUGAUGUUUGGAUGUCUCUGGGGGAACACUACAGUACACUCCUCAGAAGGUUAGCAAUGUCCUCCUGGCUGGUUGUGUUUUACAUAACAUAUCUCUCCGUAAUGGAUGUGAUGUUGAACUUAAAGAGGAAAGAGUACAGGGUUUGAGGGAAGCAGAUGCUGAACUUGAAGCCCCAGUGGUGGAGGUUGCAGAUGCUGAAAGUGCCAGGCAGGUCAGACAAAGCCUUAUAAAUUACUUUUUUUUAUUUUGUAAGUAUUCACUUUCCACUGCUAAAAAAAAAACAUUCGUAGCCUUGCUUGAGAGGCUUGGUCAUCCUCAUCAAUUUGGCUGCUGGACAUAUUUAAUUUUUUGGCUCUUCUUUUUUUUGGAAUUUGAAAAUGCCCUCCGUUCGCUAUCGCAGACACACAGGAAAUGUUGAAUCCUUAUUGGUUGUAAAUUUACAACUGUGAUUUUAUUGACUGGGCGCAUGAUUCGCUAUUUGAUAUGCAUUAGCCCAUGCAUGAGACCCAACUUCUAAAUCAUGUUUUCGUGUGCUAUCGUGGCGGUUCGCUAAAGUUGUCAUUUUUGCCCUAGCGAAAGCGGCUGCACACAUAUUUGCUAAAUAGGGCCUACAUACUAUAAAGACAUGUACAUAUUUUUCUUUCCUCUACUUCUAGCUUCAGAAUUACAGUUUAUUAUCUCAGAUAAUAAUUGCUAUGUUCUGUUACAGAGAACUCCAAUAGUUAGUGAAUUAAUAUCUGAGGUUCUAACUUCAUAUGCGGCCCAUUAAUAAAGUUACUUUACUGCCAAUUAUAUUUUUACUGCCUGACAGAGGAUUUCAGGUGGCUGCAUGUUAAGCAAUGGUAAAUGUUAUGGCUAUAAUUGUGUGUUUUGAUGAGGCCUUUUGAAAAGUACAAGCUUUUUUGUAACACAACUCUUUGCCAUUCAUGUUGAAAAAUUACCCUGAAUAAAGCACUUGAAUGUAGGCAGUUCUUUGGUUUUAUGUUGAAGAAAAGCUAAUGAAUCAUGAAGCACUACUGUAAUUACAUAUGCAUGAUAAUACUGUGCAAUUAUUCUGGCAAAGUAGAGCAAUAUGUGGCUUAUGUAGUGACACAAGGUAGAGUAUGGUAUUAACUUAUAUUUAGCAUUUUAAUUGUCAGCAAUCAUCCUUUUGAUGAACAACAUCACCCAUCUUUAUUGCAUUAAAAGAGGCUUAAAAGCAAACAGACUUGUGGUGUACAAAUUAUCAGUACAGUACUCAGCAGUGAUAAGCGAUGAUGCAAAAUAUUAAACUGCAAUCCUAUAACUAUACCUAUUUAUUUGGACAUAAUUUGAAACUACUAAAACCAUUUUUUUUUUAAAUUGAUAAAUGCAUUUAUAUAUUUAAUGUAUUACAUAAAAAAGGAAAAACAAUCAAUCACCAGUAUUUAUGCUGCUAAAGCUAUCAAGCUAUGUGGUCUAUGUAACUGAUCUCAACAGUAUAACUGAUCUCAACAGUGGUGGUCAAAAUAUUGCCAGUGUUUAAAUAUUAACAUAUUAUUAGAUAAAUUGGAUGGAUCCCAGUGUUUCUUUAUUUUGAUGUAAAUGGAUUGUUUGUGAUAUCUUUAAAGACAUCUUAAAUCAAGACAGAUAUAGCCAUAUUCACACAGCAAUUACCCACUUCUAAGUUUGCUGUAUUUUUUAAUGAGUAAAAAUGAACUGCAAUACUCAUAGCAUCGAGAAAACAACUAAACAAUGUUGUUAACAGUAAACAGUUGUCACGUGUUGGUAUUUAUAUUGUUUUUUAAACACCACAACUGUGUCAGUUCUACUUAGUUAUUAUUGUUAUUACAUUUUAAUUGUGUCAGGUAAAUGGCUUUUAAUGUACUGUAUCCUGUCGGAUGUUUUCUUGAAAUAGUUGUGACUUGCAUGAAUUUUAAUUUAUACUGUAUGUAGCCUUCUUGUUGUCUGUAACAGAAUGUUUAUUUUACCUUUUAGUACUUAAUUUAUAU